CUGGGAUUAAGGGGCAAAGGGCGACGACGAAGAGGAGGAGGAGGAAGAGAAAGAAAAUCGCUCGAAACCUACUUGAUCUCCGGCAACAGCCGCUGCCCCUUUGAUGUUUUGGUGCGCCGUGCGCAUGCGCCUCGCAUUAGAAUUACUGCACUGGGCAGACUAAGUUGGAUCUCCUCUCUUCAGUGAAACCCUCAACCCCAUCAAAAACUAAAGGGAUGUGGAGAGUCCGGAAAAGGGGUUACUUUGGGAUUUGGACAUUUCCCCUAAUAAUCGCCGCUGUCUGCGCACAAAGUGUCAAUGACCCUAGUAAUAUGUCGUUGGUUAAAGAGACGGUGGAUAGACUCCUGAAAGGCUAUGACAUUCGUCUGAGACCAGAUUUUGGAGGUCCCCCUGUGGCUGUGGGAAUGAACAUUGACAUUGCCAGCAUCGAUAUGGUUUCUGAAGUCAAUAUGGAUUAUACCUUGACAAUGUACUUUCAACAAGCCUGGAGAGAUAAGAGGCUAUCCUAUAAUGUAAUACCUUUAAACUUGACUUUGGACAACAGAGUGGCAGACCAGCUCUGGGUGCCCGAUACCUACUUCCUGAAUGAUAAGAAGUCAUUUGUGCACGGAGUGACUGUCAAAAACCGCAUGAUCCGCCUGCACCCGGAUGGCACCGUGCUCUACGGCCUCAGAAUCACAACCACGGCUGCCUGCAUGAUGGACCUACGGCGGUAUCCACUGGAUGAACAAAACUGCACGUUAGAAAUCGAAAGCUAUGGAUACACCACUGAUGACAUAGAGUUUUACUGGCGUGGGGAUGACAACGCAGUGACAGGAGUAACAAAGAUUGAGCUUCCACAGUUCUCCAUUGUGGAUUACAAACUUAUCACCAAAAAGGUUGUUUUUUCUACAGGUUCCUAUCCCAGGCUGUCUCUCAGCUUUAAGCUUAAGAGAAACAUUGGCUACUUCAUCCUGCAAACCUACAUGCCUUCCAUCUUGAUUACUAUCCUCUCUUGGGUCUCCUUCUGGAUUAAUUAUGAUGCUUCAGCGGCAAGAGUGGCAUUAGGAAUUACAACUGUCCUUACCAUGACCACAAUCAACACCCACCUUAGAGAAACUCUCCCUAAAAUCCCUUACGUGAAGGCCAUUGACAUGUACCUCAUGGGGUGCUUCGUCUUUGUUUUCAUGGCACUUCUGGAGUAUGCCUUGGUGAACUACAUCUUCUUUGGGAGGGGACCCCAGCGCCAAAAGAAAGCAGCUGAAAAGGCUGCUAGUGCCAACAAUGAGAAGAUGCGCCUGGAUGUCAAUAAGAUGGACCCCCAUGAGAACAUUUUACUGAGCACUCUUGAGAUCAAAAAUGAAAUGGCCACGUCAGAGGCAGUGAUGGGACUCGGAGACCCUAGGAGCACAAUGCUGGCUUAUGAUGCCUCCAGCAUCCAGUACCGGAAAGCUGGCUUGCCCAGGCAUAGUUUUGGCCGAAAUGCUCUGGAACGACACGUGGCACAGAAGAAAAGUCGCCUGAGGAGACGUGCCUCCCAGCUGAAAAUCACCAUCCCCGACUUGACUGAUGUCAAUGCCAUAGAUCGAUGGUCCCGCAUAUUCUUCCCAGUGGUCUUCUCCUUUUUCAACAUCGUCUACUGGCUUUACUAUGUGAACUAAAAUAUGGCCUCCCAUGGGAAGCAAGGACUCGAUUCUUCCUCAAAACAGUUGUACAGCCUGAUGUAGGACUUGGAAAACACACCAAACCAGGACAAAAGUGAUGCUAAAAUACCUUAGUUGCUGGCCUAUCCUGUGGUCCAUUUCAUACCAUUUGGGUUGCUUCUGCUCAGUAAUGAACACACUAAGGUCCUUGUGGUUUUCCUGUUAAAACAAAAGUGAUUUGUACAUGUGUGGGGCAAAGCUGAAGUUGAGUGUUCCACUUAUCUACUUAAUGCAUAGCCUAUGGAGAGAGGAACUAUCUAGGUGAUAUUCUGAGGAUACUCAAUAGUAUUACCACAUGGUCAUAUGUAGAUACUGUUCAUCUCAUUCCUAAGGUUAGCACGCUGUUGCGAUAGCACUGGCUGAUGAAACAUUAUCUGCAAUAUCGAUUGAGCAGGGUAACUGCAAGAUGGUCUGUGCUGGUCUUCUUCAGGUGAUUUGGUGUCAUGGGAAGAUAAUUCCCACUGGAUGAGCAGUUUCUCUCUUAUGUAAGCAGAGCAGGACCAGGUUUGUAGGGGAGGAUUAGGGAAAAAGGCAGAGAUUCAGGCCUAUCUCUUUGUUGACUUGAGCACAGAGAAUCAAGAAUGAGGAUGUCUUUCAUUUUGGCAUGUAGGCAUAGAGAGUCUUGUGAACAUUACCAUGCAUGGCAGCCAAAAUUCUUUUGCAGGGAUGCUACUUAGUAGGUAGUUAAAAUAAGAGUUAACACAGAGCAGGGUCCAAAAUCUAGAAAUGACUAUAGUAACAAAAUAGAAGCAAGCGAGCAAGCAUGGUCCUUAUCAAGCCCACUCAGCCUCUGUGUACACAGUGUCCCUUAGAAAGUGUAGAGUAAGAGAUACUUAUUUUCUGAACUCAGGAGCUUCUGAGUAUCCAUAAAGAGGAUUUUAUAGUUGAAUCUAAAGAUGGCUGUGAAAUAGAAAAGUUAGAAUUAGCAGACUCAUAGAUGUUCACAUCUGUUUGGGAGUCACUCAGAUAUACAGAGCCAGCUAAAGCUAGCAAGCUGUUUUUGCUCAGAAAGUGUCAGCUGUUUUAUGAUGCUUCCACAUAAAUUUACUUCCUAACUUAAGAGGGUAUUUCACAAGGAGGAUUUAUUCAGUGUUUUACAGCUUUUCUUGCUUCCAGAAUGCUGACUAUAUUCCUAGGUGAUGGACAUAGUAAAACUCUGGACAGACUGAGCAAACUUUAUUUUCACAACAAAAUUUCACUAUAUUUGAGAAUGAAAUUUACCUUUCUGUUUUUUUUUAAAGCAAAGAGUACUUUGAUAAGGCCAUUACUUUGCAGGUUCACUGGACUUGGUUUUCUAAGGGUGCUUAUUUUGCGUAUACUGCACUCUGCCACUCAAGAAAUACAUAAAACCUGGUAAACAAUAAGAUAACAGUAAAGCUCUAUUAAUGAGAUGAGUGCUACAAGCCUCAGUUAAUGUUGCAGAAAACAUAUUUACCUGACAGUUAGGCCAGUAUGAUAUAUUUUAUUCGAUUUGUACAUUGUGUUGUUGUGCUUCUUUCUAUAAUAAUUGGAUAUCUACAUUCCUGUAUUGAACAGAAAAGAGAAUAAGCUAAUCUACUUUAUUUCUAUCAGUGUGAGGUCCAAAUUUUGGGUUAUUUAUAGUAAUCAGAGAAUUGUUAAACUUCCUAUAAAGUUUGAUUUGACUGUAAUUAUCUCAGAGCAGUACUUUGUUAUUUUUCUUUUUUUUUUAAAUGCCUCUUUUUAAAGUAAUAUCCCUAAUUGAGCAUGGCAGCAAAGGCUGGAACCUUACCAUGGACACAAUGUUUUC